AUGGCGCAUAGCAUGCAACAGACCGCCCCGGACCCACAGCCUCGCAUGCCGCUGGUUCCUAUCCCGCUUCGUCCUACCCCGCUGAUGCUCAUUCCUGCCUUGAGUCACGCCGUGCAGCAGCCAUGCGCCGUCUGGCUCGUGAGCAUCGCGCAGGACAACAAGCAUCCCGGCGGCGGCUCGGUGCCUCUCGGAGGAAGCGGCCAUGCUGAGCAGGCCCUGGCAGCUCCUGCAUGCCCGCACGCGCAUCGCCGGGCGCAGCUCUUGGCGGAGCCUUCACAAGCGCCGCCAGCCUGUCCGCUCUUGCUCAGCCUGCACCCGGACACUGCCGGCCCGUGGUCGACCCGCAGCCUGCCAGCCGAUCUCCAUCGAGGCCUCGUCGCUACCUCGGCGAUCGACGGGCAGCGCGAGGAGCAGCGUAGCACAGUCCGAUCCGGCGAAGAGGCCGCGGAAGCCAUGAGGCGUCACCAGCUCGACCAAGCGCUGCGAGUCAGCAGCCCCAGGCUGGGACAGCAAGCAGAGCAGUCCAAGCGAAGGAAGCCUUGGAAGAUCGCCCUGACGGAGGUCGAGGCCAAGCACAUCUUCCUCCAGAGACCGGAGGCCCACGCGAAGCGAGGAACGAGCACGAGGCUGUCGAUCGAGCUCGCCAAGCAGUACGGAGUGAGUCAGAAGACGAUACGGGACAUCUGGAACGGAGACACGUGGGCCAAGGUGACGAGCGGAGAGUAG